GGACUGAAGUGAAUUUAAAGAUAACCCCAUCAUCAUCUAAACAAACUCAAAAAACAGAAAAACCAGUGGCUGUAGUUGAAAAAUGGUUUAAAAUUUUAAAAUGAGUACAAUUUCUCAAAGUGUGUUAAUGGCAAUUACUGUUACAGUCAACAAAUUUGCUUCAUCAAAUGUUCAUGCAGUUCAAAGAAUAGAAUCCAAUAAAAAAACUUCAUUAUCUUCUUCAACUUUCUUUGGAAGAAGAGGAAUUUUUUUAUCUUCUUUAGUUGCUGCUUAUCCUGUCAUUGACUCAAGAACUGAACUUCUUCAAAAGUAUUUGAAGAAAACAGAGGAGAACAAGAGCAAAAAUGACAAGGAGAGAUUGGACAGCUAUUACAAACGCAACUACCAAGAUUACUUUAAUCUUGUAGAAGGAGGUUUAAAAGGAAAGAAAGAAGAAGACCUAUCAGAAUCUGAGAAGGCUAUUCUUGAAUGGUUAAAGAAUAAUAAAUAAUUAAUUUUAGACAUGUAUUUAAAUUUCUGUUUAAUUUUUAAAAAUUUAAGAGUCUUGAUCAAUGGUGUUGUGUCGUCUUGUAUAUGUUAAAUGUUCCGACUUUUUCAUUUUCUUCCUUUUAUUUAAUUUUUGUUUUGACAAGUCAAAAACCGUACAAAUAAUAUCGUUUCGAAGAAUUUUUAUA